GCGCCCCCAGGCCAGAAUUUAUUUCGUAACGAGAAGAAAAGCAUCGUCUCAUCCAUCCUCCCACUUCACCACCACAGAAAAACCGGACGCAACCACCCGAAAGUUAAACCAAACCAGCCUCGCACCCGAAUAGCCCGAACGGUCAGCAGCGCAGCCACUCAUCAGCCACGAAGAAAGCAGGAGCGCGACGCGGGCCGCACCGCAGCCAUGAGCGCCGCGGAGCACAAGGACAUGGAGAUCGCCGUCGCCAAGAGGCGGCGGGACGGCAAGGAGCCCGCGGAGGAGGAGCCGCUGGCGGCGCUGGCGGACGACGUGCUGCUGCAGAUCCUGGGCCGCCUCGAGGGGGACCCGCGCGACUGGGCGCGCGCGUCCUGCGCGUCCCCGCGCCUCGCCGCGCUCCUCCGUGCCGCCUGCUUCCCGCCGCGCCUCUCCCGGGCGCUCCCCGCCGAGCUGCUCCCCGCGGACGGGGCGCCCGCCGCGUGGGCCGCGCUCCACAAGAUGUCCGUCUGCUGCCCCGGCCUCCUCCGCGCCGGGAUCCUCCUCGAGCCCACCGACGACUUCGGCCUCGAGCUCGACAUCGGCCCCGACCUCACCGUCCCCGCCUCCUCGUCAUCCUCCUCCCUCGAGCCCACGGCCACCUCCUCGCUUCAACCGCCCAAGACCGCAGAGCCUGCGCAGAAACCCAGCGACGGCACACUGGCCGCCGCGGACGCCGCCGCGUGGUCCCUCUACGAUGACCUGUACCUGGACGCGGCCUACGACUGCUCCGAGACGCAGGUCGCCGCCGCGCCCGGGCCGGCCGCGGAGGCAGAGGAGGAGAAGCCACCGGCAGCCAAUGCCGUCCGGCGCGGCGUGGUGUCUGGUACCCGCCGGCGGCCGCGGCGGUGGCUGGGCCCCGUGGGCGCGCACCUGGCGUCGGGGUCCUGGACGCUGAGCCGCGAGCAGGGCAACAAGCUGCUGGCCAGCCGGUUCCGCGGCGACCGGCUGUACAUCUGCGAGUGGCCCGGGUGCGUGCACGCCGAGGAGCGGCGCAAGUACAUGGUGUUCCGCGGCGUGUUCCAGGACUUCGCGCGCUCCCAGGUGCGGCGCGCGCUCCGGGACACGCGGCGCCCCACCGUGGCCGUGGACUGCGCCUUCUGCGGCUGCACGGAGGCGUGGGACCUCUACUCCGCCUUCUGCCUCCGCAGCUUCCACGGGUACCACGACGACGGCGAGCCUGUCGUGCGCGCCUACGUCUGCGAGAACGGCCACGUCGCCGGCGCCUGGACCGAGCGCCCGCUCUACUCCUGACUGCUUGCUCCGGUCCAAUGGCGACGACAUGACAGGCAUGCCGCGCUCCGCCAUCGUUAAAUCCAUCGCCAAGCAUGCCUCGCACGUUCUUAUGAUAAGUUCGGUGCGUACAUAGCCGCGAUGUGGAUCUCGGCGAGCUCCGAGGUCAUGCAUGCGUGAGUGAUGUAUCUUUUCUCCUGUGUUUUUUUUCCAUCCGAUGUAACCCUGGCUGAUGCUUAGCAUAAAGAAGAAUGAAAGAGGGAUUUUUUA